GGCGCAGGCGCAGGCGCAGCCGCAUGGAAGUCGCUCUUGCCCGCCUUCCGUUUUCAACCAACUGAAAACCGAGGAAGGAGUACGCAAAAGUCAUUUUCGGAGAAGUGGGACCACGCUUUGUGGGCUGCAACAUGGAGGCGACCGGUGGAACUGAGGAGUUGGUUUCCGGGGAACUGGUGUCAGUGGCACAUGCUCUUUCUCUCCCAGCCGAGUCUUAUGGCAACGAUCCUGAUAUCGAGAUGGCUUGGGCCAUGAGAGCAAUGCAGCAUGCUGAAAUCUACUACAAACUGAUUUCAUCAGUUGACCCACAGUUCCUGAAACUCACCAAAGUGGAUGACCAAAUCUAUUCUGAGUUUCGGGAAAAUUUUAAGAAUCUCAGGAUAGAUAUACUGGAUCCAGAAGAACUCAAAUCAGAAUCAGCUAAAGAGAAGUGGAGGCCAUUCUGCUUGAAGUUCGAUGGGAUUGUGGAAGACUUCAACUAUGGUACUUUGCUGCGACUGAACUGUUCACAGGGCUACACUGAAGAAAACACCAUCUUUGCACCCAGGAUACAAUUUUUUGCCAUUGAAAUUGCUCGGAAUCGAGAAGGUUAUAACAAAGCAGUUUAUACUGGUAUUAAGGACAAAGAAGAGAAAGAAGCCAGCAAUGGAGGAGACAAAGGAGCCAACAGCAGAGAAGAAGAAAAAGGAGCCAACAGAGAAGGAGAAAAAGAGAAAGAAGCCUACAAAGAAAUCAACAAAAGUAGUGAAACAACUAUGUGAGGUAGUCAGGGAACAGCACUCUAGAAGGUAUGAUUCAAGUGAGUCUGCAAGUACCAUGUUGCUACUUGCACAGGUCCCUAUGGUCAAAUGUAUUAAUAUCUCCUUUUUCAGUGGAAGGAUAUGCAGAAGGACACCUUUCUGGCCUAAUUAUCAGAAACUGCAGUGGUUGUUCUCUUGUGUGAACUGACUUGAAGACUAUUAGUGGGGUCUUAGUUGAUGGUUUGUUGGUUCUCACCACCAGUCAAGUAAGAAAUUUUGUAAAUAAAUUUCUUUUGGUUCUUAUGA